AUGAGUUCUGGCUUGAAGUCUGAUCCCAAGCUCUCACAGCUGACACAAGCUGAUGCGAGACUGCUCGUCUAUGGUAGUCUGUGCAUGGAGGGCAAGCUCAACAGCGAGAAGCUCGCUAGCCUCCUCGGCAUGAAGAAAGCUUCUGUCGCCACCAACUACAGAUGUGCAAAAGCUCAUCUGCAGGCUAUCUUGGAAAUACGAAUCCAGUCUCCAACCAAGGAUGGUGGUGCUGAGGAGACCGAAGCAGCUAAGAAGACCCGUUCCGGUACCAAGGGUGGUGCUGUCAAAGAAGAAUCCACCAACGACGAGCCUCCUACCAAGCGACGCAAGACUGUCGCCUCUAAAGCUGCCUCCAAAGCUGCGUCUGAGCCUGCUGAGGAAUCUACUCAGGCUGACACUGAUGCCGACUUGACCGAGUAG